AUGGCCGUUCUUCAGAUUAAGAAUGAGGAGGAGUUCAAACAGAAGAUAGCCGCCGGUCCGGUGCUCGUCGAUUUCUUCGCAACGUGGUGUGGACCGUGCAAACAGCUCGCUCCAAAGCUAGAUAAACUAGCUGAAGAAACGAAGAUUGUUACCUUCCUGAAGGUGGAUGUGGACGAGCUUCAGGAUUUGGCGCAAACCUAUGAAAUUACUGCGAUGCCCACCAUUCUAGGAUUUAAAGAUGGCAAAGUCCUAGACCGAGUCGUCGGCGCUAAUGAAGAACUGAUUAAGAAACUGCUGCAGAAAUUGACUGUAUAA